AUGUGCGAAGUCGCAGCCGUCCUCUUGAAAGGCUACGGCUUGCUCCGGAAGAAACUAGAUAAAGUCAAAGACGCUCAGAGAUGGAAGGAGUGGUGCCUUCCUCUGGCUCGACUUCUGUUCUCCGCUGCACCGGAUGACGAGCACAGAGAGGCUGUGAUUAAGAUGGGAGAUGAUCUCGCCUCCAGAAAUCUGAUCUACCCGGCGCAUAUCUGCUACGUGGUGGCGAAACUGGAGCUGGGGUCGCGUAGACACUUCCAGUUGAUCGGAUACGACAGUGUGCCAUUUGGCUUGACGGUCUUCGUCAAUCCCAUCAUGAGAACUGAGAUGUAUGAAUACGUGCUGUGGCUGACCUCAGGACAGGCCCAGCCAAGCUUCCAGAUCUUCAAGUUGUGUGUGGCCAGCAGAAAUCUUUUUUUCGGUUCACCUGAAUUAAGCUUUAAAUACUGUGAGGUCAUCACUAGGGCAGUCAUCACUUUCCCCGACAGAGUCACAAGGAGCUUGAUUGAACACCUUCUUUUGCUGUCUUGCAAACUGCAAAAUAAAAAUUCAGAAGAACCUGAGUGGCUGCUAGCGCUCCGGCAGCUGCACAGAACUACAUUAGCAAACGCUAAUGUCAGUGAUGACCCAGAGCAGCACAUGGUGUCUACCAGCCAGAGAUUCAGAGUCUCUGAGAUUCAGGAGUUAAAACAUGAUCCCCCGAAUGAGCCGAUCCCUGAACUCCAGCCUCCUGGUCCGGAGCAGCUUGCUGAACUGGAAGCUUUGCUUUCUUCGCGGUACCAGUUGGGAGAUCUGCUGGGGAACGGAUGCUUCGGCUUUGUCUUCAAAGCGGUCCGGAUCGCAGAUGAUAAAAAGGUCGCUGUUAAGGUCGUCAAGAAGUCCGGAUUUACCACAACUAUGAAAAUGCCCGGAGAGACGGAGGAGCUGCCCUCAGAGGUGGCGCUAAUGAGAAUGGUGUCUGAGCCACCUGUCUGUAGCAACGUUGUGGAGUUACUGGAGUGGUUUGACAUGGGCCAUCAGUUCGUCAUGAUCAUGGAACGGCCCAGUCCCAGUAUGGACCUCUUGGAAUUCAUGGAGCUUCAGGGAGGUUCCCUGUCUGAAGCACAGGCUCGAGACAUCAUGGUGCAGGUGAUUCGGGCGGCUCGUCACUGCUGUGAACGUGGAAUGGUACACAGAGACAUCAAGGCCGAGAAUCUCAUCAUCAACCCCGAAACCCUGGAAGUGAAACUGAUUGAUUUUGGCUGUGGGGAAUUGCUGAAGGACACUCCCAGCAAACAUUUUUUUGGCACUAUAUUCCUUAUACCUCCUGAGUGCCUGUUCCGUGGAGAGUACAUGGGUGUUCCUGCCACCAUCUGGGGUCUGGGCAUUCUUCUGUAUCAUUUCCUCAGUGGACAAAUCCCCUUCAUUGAUAUAGAACAAGACAUCAAUUAUGGGUACCUGAAUGCACUUCCUGACGUGUCUCAAGAGUGCUUCCAGCUGCUAAUGUGGUGUCUGGAUUUAAACCCUGAAACACGCCCAACAUUCGAGCUCUUGGCCAGGCACGAGUGGUUUACUGGGGGCAGUUCAGGACAGAGUCCAGCUCAGGAGUCUUCUGGACACUAAAACCUGCUACUGAAGUGUGUGAACUCUGAUGGGAAGAGCAAGACGAGAAAGAGAGACCGAGAUCAGAAAUUCAGAAUUCUGAAUUAUUUUUACAAUGGUUACCAUUCUGUGUGGUCAACUACACCUUUGUGAACAUUUUACACUUGUGAUUUGCCUUUUGCCCAGCAGGGCUACACACACACACACACACACACACACACAUACACACCACUCUAAAAUAUGGCAUAAUUUCAUGUAAAUAAACACUUAUGCUUUUUUUACAAACUUAAUUUAUGAACAAUAAAACACAUUUACAUGAAAUUAUGCACCCUGCUGAACUUCCAUGACCAAGCUGGAAGAGGCUGGCAUGCGGGGAAGAACCUGGCAUCGUCUUAGGAGAGGGUUGAUGAUCUCAGGAUGAUCAGGGACUUUUUGUCCUCUGUGGUGCUAACUGCAGUGUCCCGAUGCAGAGUGUUCAUGAGAAGCACAUUCCUUCUCUUUUUGGGGCAGUAGGAGACAAGAGCAUGCGUGUCAGUAAACACAAACUGGGAGGAGAAUGUGGCCCUUUCUCUUGUCGCCAGCAGUGCAGGGGGAAGCUCUGGUUUGUUCUUUCUCACGGUUCCCACCAUGGCCAGCUUCCUCCUUAGCACCUCCUGGCCAAGGACAUGACAUAGGAUGUGAAAAAGUUGUCACAAGAGAUGCUGUGUCCCUGAAAACCCUCUGUCACCUUGAGAACCACAUGCUGGCUCUGAUUCUUCUCUGGCUGGCCAUCCGCAGGUUUCCCAGUGUACAGCUGCAUGUUCCAGGCGUAGCUAGUCUGGGCAUCACAGGCUACCCAGAUUUUGAUUCCAUACUUGCCAUGUUUACUUGCCAUAUAUUGUUUGAAUCCACAUCGACCUCUGAACGGGACCAGGCUCUCAUCCACUGUCACAUCAGUGCCGGGAUUAUACAUUAGCUGCAGGCGACACACCCACUUAUCCCAGACCUGUCGGAUGGCAGCCAGUUUGUCUCUGGCAUGGCGCGCUGGUCUGGUGAUGCGAUCAUCGAAAUGAGGUGGAAUGUCUUCAGCAGCAAAAAAUUGCCCUCCCCAUCUGAACAUGCCACAGUCUGGACGUAGCCUCUUUACUGGACCGGUAGACCCCAGCAAGAAUCAACAGACUCAGACUUCCCUGUUGAUCUUUUUUUUUUAAUCUAUUUUCGUUCCAACUGUCACCAUAUACACGACACCCCUCCUUGUUGGUCAUUUCUAUCACUAUCACUAUCUUUUCAAUUUCCUCUGACAUAAACACCUCAAAGCAUGAGACAGCAUACCUUGUUGGCCCUCCUCUCCUGCUCUGCCCCCAACAUAUGGCGUUGUUUGCUUGGAGGAAUGGAGGACCAGAGAAUAUUUCCAUCUUUGGAUUGGACAAUAUCUUUAGUUUCAGGAGGCUCCUCUUCAUCACCCUCUGACACUUCCUCCUCCUCCUCUUCUGCAGGUUCUGCCUCAUCUCUCUCCUCCUCCACAGGGUCAAAAAUGAGGUCAAGGGCCUGUAAUGCAGUGUAGGUCCUCUUCAUUUUGCUGUCUCAGAGUGAAAUGGGAAAUGCCCCAAGGAUGCUAUAAAUUCAUUUUUUUUAAUUGUUAUCUUGUCCCCAAUUUGGCAAAGGCAUAUCUCAUAGCUUUUGUUUUGUCUGGAGGCCCAAUGAAAUGCAAUUCCCAAUGCUUUGAAGUGUGUUUGACUGUGUGUGUGUGUGUGUGU